AUGCUUACCAGAAGCCGCAAGUUCAAGAAUACCCUUAACAGGGAUAAAGUUGUAGGCGCUGCACCCUGCAUGUCAUUCUGUGGAUACCAGCUCUCAGGAGAGGGCAUAUCAGCUGAUCUGGGUAAGGUCAGUGCAAUCCACGACUUUCCCACUCCAACUAACUUGACUGACCUCCGAUCGCUCAUGGGGUUGGUGAAUCAAUUAGCCGAGUUCACCCCAGAUAUUGCUGCUGCAACUCAACCUCUACACCCUCUGAUGAGUCCUAAGAGAGCAUUUUUUUGGACUUCAGAUCAUGAUGAGGUGUUUCGUCGAGUCAAGGCUGCCCUUGUCAGCCCACCAGUCCUUGCCUCCUUCGACCCAGCCCUGCCAGUGGUUCUCCAGACUGAUGCUUCCCACCUCUAUGGGAUUGGAUACACCCUCCUACAGGACCAUGGCAAUGGCAGACUUCGCAUAGUUCAGUGCAGCUCCCACUUCCUCACAGAUGCUGAGUCUUGCUAUGCCACCAUUGAACUGUAG